UGUUUUCAGUUACGUUUUGCGUGUAGUCACAGGCUGACGUUUGAUGAUGAGUAAUGAUAAAUAUUUUAAUCCAACACUUUUAUAGGGGAUUUAAAAUGAAGUAUAAAUAUACUUACAAAUAAAAUAAAAUAUUUAAUUUAAUAAAUUGUAUUUAUAAUUGUUGUGUUAAAUGUUUUAAAAAAAUACGGACAAUUCUAUGGAUACUACAAGUACUACUACAACAACUUUAAAGUCAAAAAAAUUUCCCACCAUGUUCAAGAAAAUGAUGCUUUCAAGAUUAAAGACCAUUUCAAAGGAUGCAACUUCAGCUGUAAAAUCAUCCGUCCAAAAAAAGACAUCGGCAAAAAAAAAGUCGAAAACGGCUUUGGAAGCUGAACAGGAAGUUGUGGGUAUGUCAAGGCGGCCAGACACAGCCACGUUGGGCAAACCACUGUUGUUGGACAAGCGGACAGAGAGCGGAACGGAAGUACGGCCAUCAACUACAAAACGUCCGGUUUGUCAACAAUUUAACAGUAGAACAUACCGGGUUAAAACCAAGGACCGAAAAAGCGUGCUUAGCUUACCAGAAGUAUCUAAACAGACACCGAAGAAUCGGAAAAGUCAUUUACCGAUUAAAGUGAAACCGAUUGCUCCAACUCCACCAAUUCGGCAACGUAUACAAAAGAUGCCGUCUCCAUCAAACGACCAGGAAAACGUUAAACAGAAUAUUAUUAGCGAGAGAAUAGAAAAAAAAACUGAAGAAUAUCAACCAGAAAAAUGGGUUCCAACGGCUGUUGGAUCAGCGAGGAAGAAAAGGCUUGUUUUGUGCUAUUUGUGCGGUAAAGAAUUCGGUACUGCUUCGUUGCCAUUUCACGAACCUCAUUGUCUCAAGAAAUGGACACAAGAAAAUUCCCGACUACCCGAACAUUUACAAAGAACUUUGCCAAAGAAACCGGACAGUCAAAUUAUUUCUGUUGAUGACUGGAAUCAGCUGGCAUGGGAGGCCACUCAGUCAAAUUUGGUGCCAUGCGAUUUUUGCCAACGGAAGUUCCUAGCAAACAGACUUGAAGCCCACGCAAGAGUUUGUAUUGAAUCUAAGAAAAAAACAGCACCAACGCCAAAGUUACCAGCUAAAUCGGCCGUCAUCAUGGACAGACCAAAAAAGAAACCAGCGCCGUGUUACGUGUGCGGUCGACUAUUCGGGACCGCGUCCAUAGGGAUUCACGAACCUCAGUGUCUGAUCAAGUGGACCCGAGAAAACGAUAGCUUAGCACCACAUCUCCGACGACCUGUGCCCACUAAACCGGAAGUGAUCAUCGACGAAGUGACGGGCAAGGUGGACCAACAAGCUACCAGAGAAGAACACUGGAAAUCGUACUUGUCACAGCUCGUGCCAUGCGAUCGGUGCAAACGGACAUUCGACCCGGACAGGUUGGAAGUGCAUCAGAGAAGUUGUAAAGGAGUGACAAAUAAAUGAAAACAAUAUUAUUAUUAAACUAAUAACGUCAAUGCAGAUAUAAAUAUUAUUAUUCUCGUUAAAACCAGGUUUUGUUUAAUUACAGUAUUGAAGUACGUAGUUAUGUUAGUUAUUUGAUGUAGUAAGAACUUUAGAGGACGCUUACACCCGCAUGCGCUGUCUCCGUCUUAUAAACGCGUAACAUGGACAUUCGUUGUACAUUCUAAAUAAUCCAUUUAACUCCUACUAUGGUUCAAAUUUCAGCGAAUUCACCUGUUAUCAAAUUUAGAAGUAAUAGAGACAACCAUGCGGGUGUACCGUCCUCUAAAUUUAAAACGGUUAAAUAUGUAUUGGAAGUAGGUUCUUACGUCUUACAUAAAUCACAGUAUCUAAAAGCAGCGACGUAUUUCGAAAAAUGUUUAGAAAGGUGUCGAAAAUAUAGGGGAAUUGACUAUAUUAUAUAGUUAGGCAGUUGUGGAGUUGUCAAUAAGCAGGUUAGUGGCGUUUUUCUGAAAAACUUGAAUAUAAAUCGCUUCUGACCACAAUAUAUUAACCAUAAUAUACUCAAUAAUUGUUGUCUAACUGUAGUCAAAAUUACUUAGGUACCUAACAUAAAAAAAUACUUAUUGAAAAAAUUAAAUAAUUGAAAAAAUAUUAUUUGUUUAACUGCUGACAUUGUUUCUAUAUUAGCCAUUAGGCACACAAAUAUAAAUGAUAAAUUAGGUAAUAUAAAUUAAUCACUUAAAAUUACAUUCUAAACAUCGAGAAAAUAAGUCGUGUGCCUGUAUAAUUUUACAUAAGUAACAUGAUACCGUGUAUAUCAUUAGCUAGACUUAAGAUAAUUUGUGAUUUAAAGUUUUGGAUAAAGUUACGUAAAUAACCUACUGAUUUGAGUAUUUUACUAUAAUUAGUAACUGCAUUUUUUGUAAAUUUAUUAUGCAUGUAUUAUAAUAAACAGAAUAGUAUAUACUA